CCUGUCCCGGUGACAUCAGCCAGAGCCGUGCUGCUUUCCUCCAGGAGAACGCGGUAGCUGUGCACACACACAACCAGCAGCGCCGGGAGAACUCGACGGAAACUGCGCCUGCUCGGCUCUUAUCGCUUUUUCUUCAUGGGACAAAACAAGACUUGUUCUUCACCAGAGAUCAUGGGAGGCUGUUGACAUCUGACUUCACCACUAACAAAAGGAAACCCAUUAGAGUAGCCUAAAGACACUGGUCGGUGCACAGUGACAACAUGGCCGCCCAUCGAAUCAGAGCCACCGCCACCAACAACACUUCUCUACCGCGGUGCAAGUCUGAGGGGACCCUCAUUGAUCUCAGCGAAGGAGUGUCCGAAGCCAGUCUGACUGAUGUCAAAGUGCCUUCUCCCAGUGCCUUGCGACUGGACGCGACUGCCUCCUUCGGGACUGCCAGGGAAGUCGUUGCUAUUAAGGACUACUGCCCAUCCAGCUUCACCACCCUGAAGUUCUCUAAAGGGGAUCGCCUCUACGUUCUAGACUCAUCAGGAGGUGAGUGGUGGUAUGCCCACAACAACACAGAGAUGGGUUACAUACCUGCUGCUUAUGUGCAGCCCCUCAACUACAGAGACUCGUCCUUCAGUGACAGUGGGAUGAUUGACACCGUAGGAGACUGCAACGAGGAGGCAGCCAAAGAAAUGGACCUUCUAGGAGAGUGGGCAGGGGUGAUUUUGAAACCAACAACCUUCCAAAACAGAAAUCCUUUUGCAACAACCCAUACCUCUACAAACCCUUUCCUAAACGGGGGGCCUCAGAGCUCACUUGAUCAGAACAGUAAUGAGAAAUCAGUUGACCUCCUUCUGUUCGAUACACUCACUCCAUCAGUGCCCAAUUCCACCAGCAGCACCGCUGACAUCAAUGGCUUUGGCAGUGGCGUUUUUAACUUGAACCCUCUUAGUCCCACUGUAGGGGUCGGGCAAACCUUGCGCAGGGACAACCCAUUUUUUAGAAGCAAACGUUCCUACAGUCUGUCUGAGCUGUCUAUCCUGCAGGCUCAGUCCGAUGCCCCUCAGACCUCCAACAGUUUUUUCGGAGGUCUUAAAGCACCGGCACCAGAGCAGUUCCAAAGCAGGGAGGAUUUCCGGACAGCGUGGCUCACCCACCGCAAGCUAGCCAGGUCCUGCCAUGACUUGGACUCGCUCGGUCAGAACCCAGGCUGGGGCCAAACACAACCAGUGGAGACCAACAUUGUCUGUCGGCUGGACAGCUCAGGAGGUGCUGUCCAGCUUCCGGACACGAACAUCAGCAUCCAUUUACCCGAGGGCCACGUGGCCCCAGGGGACACCCAGCAGAUUUCAAUCAAAGCUCUGCUCGACCCGCCCUUAGAGCUGAACAACGACCGCUGCACCACCGUCAGCCCUGUGGUGGAGAUCAAACUCAGCAACAUGGAGACCAAAACCACUGUUACCCUGGAGAUGAAAGUGUCUGUUGUGGUGAAAAUGGAGAGCAGGCAGAUGACAGAAGUCUUGUGUGUCAGGAGUGAUUGUAAAGAGGGACCUUACAGCCCCAUUCCUCAGGCGUACAUGUAUGGGGACACCAUCCGGGUGUGCCUGGAUAACCUGGAACCGUGCAUGUAUGUGUGUGUUGUGGCUCAGUCCCAGUCCAUAUCUCCAGACUCCACAGUUUGGGAGCAUGUUGUUAAAAAGAUCACCUUAGGGGUAUAUGGUCCCAAACAUAUUCACCCGUCCUUCAAAACAGUCGUGGCCAUGUUUGGCCACGAUUGUGCUCCAAAGACAUUAUUGGUGAGUGAGGUAGGCAAACAGGUGCAGUCUGCACCAUCAGUUGUUCUGCAGCUCUGGGGUAAACACCAGUUUGUCUUGUCCAAACCCCAGGACCUCCGCGUUGGAGUUUACUCCAACAUGGCCAAAUAUGAGGUAAAGGCUAGUGACCAGGCCAGAGUGGUCCGGGGAUUCCAGGUUAAAUUAGGCAAAGUCAGCAGGCUCAUCUAUGUCAUUGCCACGCGCAGCACUGAAGAUGUUUCUGAUUUCACCUUAAGAAUCCAGGUCAAAGACGACCAAGAUUGUAUACUGGCUCAGUUUUGUGUCCAGACACCAACACCGCCACCCAAAGCAGGCCCAAAGACAUCAGUGCAAAGGCGCUUCCUGAAGAAGAAGGAAGUAGGCAAGAUUGUCUUGUCACCUCUCGCCAUCGCCACCAAGUAUCCUGUUUUCCAGGACAGGAGAAUAAAUAACCUGAAGUUUGGCAAAUUAAUCAAAACUGUCAUCCGACAAACAAAAAAUCAGUACUUGCUCGAGUAUAAAAAAGGAGACUUUGUAGCUCUGUUGAGUGAGGAGAAGAUCAAGCUGAAAGGCCAGCUGUGGACAAAAGAAUGGUACAUUGGAUAUUAUCAGGGCAAAAUGGGAUUUGUUCAUGCAAAGAAUGUGCUAGUGGUUGGCAAAGUGAAGCCCAUUUACUUCAGUGGGCCCGACCUUACAACCUCAUUGUUACUGGAGCAGAUACUGAAGCCCUGCAAAUUCCUCACGUACAUCUACGCUUCUGUCAGAACUAUACUGAUGGAGAACAUCGGCAACUGGAGAGCGUUUGCGGAUGCGCUCGGAUACGUCAACCUGCCCUUGACCCAUUUCUGUCGCGCAGAGCUUGACAGCGAACCUGAAAGGGUCGCAUCAGUGCUGGAGAAGCUGAAGGAGGACUGCAACAAUGCCGAGAGCAAAGAGCGGAAGUCCUUCCAGAAAGAACUCCUGACUGCCCUGUUGAAGAUGGACUGUCAGGGUCUCGUGGCCAGACUGGUGAUGGACUUUGUCCUCUUGACCACAGCGGUGGAGGUGGCGGGACGCUGGAGGGAGCUGGCUGAGAGGCUCGCCAAGGUUUCACGCCAGCAGAUGGAUGCUUACGAGGCACCACAUCGCGACAAGAACGGGGUAGUGGACAGUGAGGCCAUGUGGAAACCCGCAUAUGACUUCCUGGUCACAUGGGCCGCUCAGAUCGGCGACAGCUACAGGGACGUGAUCCAGGAGCUGCACAUGGGGUUGGACAAGAUGAAGAACCCGAUCACCAAACGCUGGAAGCACCUGACCGGCACACUCAUCCUGGUCAAUUGCCUGGACGCCCUGCGGAGCUCUGCCUUCAGCCCCGCUGCUCAGGACGACUAUGCCAUCUGAACUGGAUGUUAAUCCUGCUGGUGUUUCCCCACACCAGCUCACCUCGCUCUGCUGGAGCAAACACUUACACAGUUUGAAAUGCUGCAUUAUCAGCUGUCCGCUUACUCUGAAUGCCACUACUGCUGUCCUAUGUUGUUGUUCUGUUCCUGCGGCGCCGCCUUCAGCUCCUCGUGCCCAGAGGAACAUGGCCGAACUGCUCCCACGUCUCCGUGGCUGUUGGCCAAAAAACACAGUGCUGUAGUAUUAAGAAAGACUCUUUUAAUAGUUCCUGUCUUGCAUAGUUAUGUAUUUUUGUACUCUUAUUAUGGCACAGCAUUUUUUAAAGCAAAUCUUUGAACCCUUUGGUCAAGAACAGUGAAUGAAAUGAAAAACACUUUUUCAAGAAGAGACACUUUUUGAUAUUGUAUCCUUGUUACCAUAGCCUUGUCACACGUGUCAAAUUUAUUUGUACAUGAAAGAGAAAAGAUACUACUUCUUCUUAAAGUUGAUUCUCAUUGUGGUCCUCAGUUCAGAGAUCCAAAUAUUCUGCUGUCAGUCUGUACUUUAGACCUGGCACUGAAGAAAACAGAAUUUAUUAAUCAGAUUUUAAUCAAGCUGUCCACUAGUGCCAGACAUUGAAUCAAUUAAUUGAAUAGUCUUUUUACUGAACAUUAAUCAAUAACAGAUUAAAUAGACUUAAUGGAUUGUUGCAGCAAGAAUUUUUCAUUUGUCAACUCAAGGUCCUUGUUCUGGUGCUUUUGACCUUAUCACCUGGUCUUCAUCAGCAUGUCAGUUUGCUCAGCUGUGGUAGAGCUACUGUAGAUGUCUAUCUUUCCACAACUCUCAGAGCCGCCAGGGCUUCUCACCCAUGUUGACUUAAACUCAACAGACCCUUUCCACAGCAGACACUUUGACUUGUCAAAGCAGAAAAGGUACAGAUGGAAUUAAUAAUGAUGAUGAUUGAUGGCUGCAUUCCAUGUAGGUGAACCAGUUUCACAGUUUUGUAUUGUGCAUUGUCACUCGCUGACAACAAUUAACGCAAAUUCCAUCAAUCCCUGGGAAUUCUGCAGAACCUUGCAAUUAUUUUUUAUAUAUAUAUAUUAUCUUUAUUUAUUGGUUUUCACAAUUGAAGAUGUGACAGCAUAUAUACAGAAAUGCAAGAACAAACUUUUUUCAACCCCCACCCCCCACCCCUAGGGACAAGCAGAAAAAAAAGAAGAAAUGAAUGGACCUUGUAUCAAUGACAAGAGCAAUCAAAACAGACAAACGAAAAAACAAAAAAAAACAAAGACAAGACGUACGGUGUGUGAGAGAUAACAAACAUGUGGCUUUCAGUAAUAGUAAAAGACAGUAUAUAUAGCUGACCUAUAGGACAAAACCUCAUGUUUGUUCGAGCAGAUAUGUAAUGAAAGGUUUCCAUAUCCUGCCAAAAUAAUCAUUAGGACGCUGAAAGCCAGUCUAAUCUUUUCUAGCUUCAGGAGUUGUAGUGUAUCUCUAACCCACUGUUUGUAGGAGGGCGGGGUAGCCUGCUUCCAAUUAAGUAAAAUUAUUCUUCUCGCCAAGAGGGUGACAAAAGCAGUGCGAUCGGAUUGUGCCCUAGGAAGAUGAUCACCCUCACAUUGAAUACCAAAUAUGGCCAUGAGAGGGUUCGGGUUUAUUGGUCUUUUAAAUAUCUUGGAUAGGGCAUCGAAUAUAGAAGACCAGUAACCUGAGAGUCUCGGACAAGACCAAAAUGUAUGAGCUGAAAAAUUGCAUCUAUUACACAAAUUAUCCAUUGCUGGGUACAUCUUUGCGAGUCUGGCUUUAGACAAGUGCAGUCUGUGUGCAACUUUGUAUUGAAGAAGGCCAUGUCUGGCACAAAUUGAUGAGGAGUGUAUUCCUGAAAAUAUGUCUGACCAUUCAGUAUCUGUAAUUUGUAAAUUCAGAUCAGCCUGCCAUGCUUCUCUCAAUGCAUCAAGAGAUGCCAACUGUAGGGAUGAGAGUUUCAUAUAUAGCGGAUAUUAUGCCUUUGUUAGAUGGAGCUGUUGGAAACAAGGUAUCCAUGGGCUGUUGUUCAGGGAUUGCAGGAUAUGAUCGUGUUUGGUUCCGAAUCUAAUCCCGGACCUGUAGAAAUCAUAAAAAAUGUGAUUUUGGUAAAUCAAAUUUAGGUCUGAGCUGGUCAAAUGAGGCAAAAGUAUCUGCUAUGUACAGAUCUUUAAAUGAGACAAUACCUUUCUCGCACCAGACUAAGAAAGAGUCAUGUUCAAGUGAGAGGGGAAAUUGAUGGUUUUUCACGAUUGGGGCACAAUCGAGCCAGCCUGCCAGCCGAAGUGUUUUCGCACCUGAGCCCAUAUACGCAGAGACUGAUAGACUAGGGGGGCAGUAGAUGCACGGCGUGGUGUGAUAGGCAUUGCCGAAUACAACAAGGCUGGGAGGGAUAAUGGGAGGCUUGCAUCAGCCUCCAUUUGGACCCAGGCGGGGGCUUCAUUGUUAGCAUGGGUUUGAAGCCAAUAAGCCAAGGCUCUUAGGUUACUCACCCAAUUACCCAAUAGUAUAGUUGGAAAUGGGGUAAAGCCAUCCCACCCACAGAUUUGGGUCUUUGCAAAAAUUCCUCACGGAUAUGAGGUGGUUUCUUAUUCCAAAUAAUAUUCCAGGUGUAAAGGGAAGAAUAAAAUACUUUAAACUCAUUAUUUAUCUCCUGCUCAUCAUUAGAGAUCUGACCAUCAUAUUUACGAAUACUUGUGAUCAGGGUAGAGGGUGUGAACUGCCUAAUCUGUUGGGCAAGAACCUUGCCUGCCUUGUCUGAGUGUUCAUACAGAUUAGAGCGAGACUGAAGCAGUAGCUGCUCUGUAUAAUGAGUGGUCAACAAGUCGAACUCUGUUUGCAGAGCUGACCUCUCCUUUAAAAGUUCAGGGGUGGGAGCAGUCGAAUAUUUACAGUCCAGCUGAUGAAUUUGGUCUGUGAGAUCCUUAAAGCGCUGUUUUCUACUCCUGCCCUCCCAGGUGGUGUAUGAAAUAAUCACUCCUCUUAGAAAAGCUUUAAGCAAUUCCCAGAGAAUAGAUUUGCUAACAUCUGGUGUGUCAUUCGUGGACAAGAAAAAAUCUAUUUGUGUGUUUAUGUGGUUAACAAACCCUUCAUCACUGAAUGAAGCAUUGUUAAAACUGUUACGUUUGAUAAUGUGAUUAACUCUCUUGGUGUUCCAACUGAUUCACUGUAAUAUCGCCAUUACUCCUGGUCAGCACUGAAUUAACCAUAAUCAGAGUUAAGCAGGGAAUUGACUGCUGUUAAAGCAUCCACAGGAUAUCGCUUACGCCACCACACACACCCAUUAAUACAAAAUAAUAAGUUUAACAUACAGACAAAAAAAACAUCAUGCCCCCUUCCCGGAAUUACCUCUCCCCAAACGAGAGGUAAGAAGCCCCAUACACACUUGGUAUUCUUCGUUGCGCUUUAAUAUGCAGAGAAAAAAAACACUACAAAAAAAACACACUGCUCCUUAGAGUGUUAUAUGUUUCAGUAGUCACAAUUAAAGAAAAACUAAAAUCCCUGCCUUCAGUAUCCAGAUAUAAACAUGGAGAACCACUCGUGAUAAUAAAGGAAACUAAAUAUACACACACAAAUAAAAUAUUGUGGUCUGCUAGAAACGAGGAUAUGAGCUUGUGAGCUGCAUAUCAAGAUGAAAACAUGAACAUACCAAUUCUGUACCUCAGCUGAGCCUAGGAUCAAAAAGACUCAGGAAAAAUAUAUGCAGCCAGUUUCUUGAUAUGUGUAAAUGUUCAUCCAAAUACGUCCCAUACCAGAAAAUAAGAAAUAAAUAAGAAAUAAGUGUCUCUCUUCCUUCCUCAUUAUUAAUAGGUCUAUAAAGAAUAAAUGAUAAAUGAAUAAAUUCCCGAUCUCCCGUUUGAGCUCAAAAAAAAAAAAAUGCUGGAAUUAUUCUCCUGAAGAGAGGCGAUGUCAGCCUUUUUGUCUCGUUGGAGAGCCUCGAGGUUUUGUUUGAUUUCAGCACGAAAAGUCACCAUCUCUUGUUUGAUUAUAUCGGCCUGUUGUUGAUGAGAAGACUCCAUCUCAGCUUUAAGUAGCUGGACAAGAGCGUUUUCCUCGGGUAGCUGUGGCGAAGAUGGGAGGCCCGGGUGGUGGUAGCGCUAGCAUUAGCCAUGAGCGUUUGCUUGAGUGAUGGGCUAGCUAAACUUUGCGCACUUGGUCGACUUCUUCUGAGUUUUACUCGCCAUAACACACACAAGUGGUUCUACAAUAUAUGUGCAGUAGAGUUACGCCACCAAAAAGUUAAAAUGUUGUGUCCUACUCAAUGUAAGUUAAGCUCUACGGAGCGUGUUGGACCUGCGGCUACUCCAUGUCAGGUGCUAACCGGAAGACACAACCUUGCAAUUUUGACCAAUUUUUGUAGUUUCCUGCGUAAAUGUUGAGCCACACAUCACUAAACUUGCUUCCUUGUUUCUAGUUGUAACGAUGCAGACCAUAUGCAAUGCGAACGUCUCACUUUCACCCUCCAAACAAUUGUUUUUCUUUUACUGGAACAACUUAUACACAAAUAAUCAAAACUUUUUUUUUUUUAAAGCUGCAGUGACAUCAGGCAUUUUAUGCUGCAACAAUCUAAAAAAAAGUCUGCGAAAUCCUGGAGGGACUGACUGGGACACUGGGAUCCAUUAUUAGUUUUAUAAGUUACAGCUGUGCUUUACCUGCUUUGACAUGUCAAAAUGUCUGCCAUGAAAAGGGUCUAUCAGCAGAUGAGGACCACAUGAUAUGAAUGAAAGCUUUAGAACAACUGAGUGAGCAGACUGAGUUGAGAUGUUCUGUCAAUAAAGGGUCUAUUGAUUCAAUCGAUUUAAAUAAUUAUUCCCCUUACCCUCCAAUAACAACCAAACCUUAUCCACUCAUUUCUCUUCUCUUUAUCUCCUGCCUGUAUUUCUGAUGGAUGUAUUUUUUUACCAAAGCUUGCCAAAAAUGAAUACAGCCCUCCACAGAUGACCUUGUACAAUGUUGAGACCACUGUUGUAAAGACACUGUCUGUCAAAGCUUCUGGUUAGGUUUUGUCUCAGUGCGGCAUACUGUAUAAUGUGGUAGUAACACAUCCAGUGAUGAGUUUGAAAACCUUUUUGUGACUGCAUACUUUUGUGGAAAAUACCCUAAAUAAAAUGUAAAUAUUUGUACACGUUA